UUGAUCUCCUAUGUUUUAGUUUCAGCAUGUCAUUGUUUAUUCUGUGUGUGUGUGCCAGCGUUUUCCAUGUGAGCGAGUAUGACUCUGGAGGGUGAGGGCCCGUGGAAUCCGGCAACAAGGAGACGUCAUCCCACGACUUCGGCUGAGCCUCCGAGUAAAGACAGCCAAUGAGCGCAAAGCUAUCAAGUCGAGCCUUCACUCGGCGAGCCAAUAGGAGCGUUAGAAUAGAUUCCGAGCCCCCGGGUUGAGUCAUGAGACUGGCCUGACUUCAGGAGAGAGGCUGCCAACAUGGAACUGGAAGAAGCUUGUGGGAAGGUGGCCGCUGCACUUUAAACGAAUGCUUUGACUAACUUUGAGGAGCGCCUGUUCGAAGAAGUUAAAGGACAUACAGAUUACUGCUAAGGGUCUGAAAGUAAUUUGACACAGAGAAUCUAGUUGGUGUUGUGUGAUUGACAGCUGUGACGUCCAAUCGGAGUGUCUUUGAUUUCUGGCUGCCCGCCAUAUGGAAUAUCCGGCCAAUCAGGAAGAAGAGGGAAGCUGCACUAUCAAUUUACAAACGAGAAGCGCACAAGCUAGUCACAUGGCAGUCGAUCUGUCUUGUUUUAUGUGGGCUGAAUUAUGCUCUCGUUGUGUGGUAGACGGGAUUAGGUCGAGAUCAUUACUCCAGGACCUGCAGCGUGUGUGCUGAUGAGCUCAACUGGAUUAUUUGGGAUUAUUAACGUUUUUAUCAUCCGCCCUUUUUAUCCUUCAGACAGCGCUCGCAAGCUUGCAAACGCUGUGGACAAAACCAAAUGGUCUCAGUCAGCCACGAGCAAGCGUUCCCCAUCAACUCGGAUGCUUUGACAGCAUCGACGGCAGCUACAUGCGAGAACAGCGUGCUGCCUUUCAGAGCCAUGGCGCCCUCUGUCUGUGGGGAGGAGGGUUACGAGAGCAGCGACUCCACCAGCUCAGCGUCCUGCUCAAGCCCUGGGUCCCGGGACACUGGCAGCCUGAGUUCCAGCCCGCUGCAGGACAGUGACGUGCUGGGGCUCCUCUUCUCCUCUGUGCUGGACCAAGAUGGGAGUCCCCAGCAGUUCAGGCUGCCAGACUUUUACUCCAGCCUCUCCAGUGACUUUUCUCCCACCCUGGAGGAGAUUGAGGAGUUCCUGAAGGAGAAGAUGGAGCCAGUCAAGCAGGGACCCUCGGAGCUGGAGGUUAAGCAGGAACCUGGCUCGCAAGUAGAAACUUCACCUGCCAACCCUGAAGAAGGGGCAACAUUGGCAUCACCCAGCAAUGCCCCAGGCACUACCUCAACUACCCCAGCCUCCCCGGCCAUUGUGGUCUCCACAGCCCCAAUGGAAAGCAUGUCCAUAUUGUUCCAACUUCAGCCUUUACAGCUUGCCACCCCUACUGGGCACCAGGCAGCACGAACUAGCCAGGGUAGCCUCCAAGUUGCCCAUUUGGUGAUCAACGUCCAGAGUGCCCCGACCGUGACGUUGUUGCCUCAGACGGUGGCUGUAUCGACCACUCAGGCACCUGCUGGCGUUGGCAGCAGUGGCACCACAGACCAAAAGUACGUGAAGAUCGCCCCCUUGCCCAUUGCGGUGAGAGCAGUGGGCACGGGUGCCAGCCUUUUCAAAGCUGCACCCCUCAGGACUGCCAAAGCUUCCUCGGAGAGGAUGCGGGUCCACAAGUGCCUGUACCCCGGCUGUGAGAAGAUGUACACAAAGAGCAGCCACCUGAAGGCACACUUCCGACGACACACAGGAGAGAAACCGUACACCUGCAGCUGGCAAGGCUGCGGCUGGAGGUUUUCACGCUCAGACGAGCUGUCCCGUCACCGGCGCUCUCACUCGGGGAUCAAGCCCUACCAGUGUGGCAUGUGUGAGAAGAAGUUUGCCCGGAGCGAUCACUUAUCGAAACACACCAAGGUGCACCGCAGCCACAGGACCGUCCGGCUGUGCAGAACCACCAGCUAACCCACCCAAGGAAGCACGUUCUGCAGCGUGCCCACUCCGGAGACUACAAGGGUUAACAACUAGUGCACUUGCAUGGUCAACUUUUCUGGGUGUUUUUUGUUGGGUUUUUUUUCAUAGAUACAGUCAGCACUCGGUUAUCCGUUACCUAGAUACACGUCAGUCGCAUUUUACCACCUUGUAUUAAGAAUAAAAUCAAUCCCCAUUAUGUAUAUGUAACAAAUUAAUGCACUUCGCCAUCACACACGGUUUCCGACUCCGUCUCCAGUUGUCUGAUACAAAGCCCAUUUCUUCAAUGUUACAAUUUAUCUGAAUAUCCGUCACAGUCUGUCUUAUAUUGUGCAGUUACACAGCGCUUCCUCCAGUUUCACAUGACGAAAAUGCAGCCAGAACAAAGCGAACGAGACAAGCUAGGGUAAUGCAACAGUUCAUCAUUAAACAGUUCUAGAUACUGUGAUCUUUAGUUGCUUUUGUGCAUUUUCAUUUGCAAGUGAACUGUGACAGUAGGGCCUUAUCGAGCACUUUCUGCAAUUUUCAAUACGGACUACAAUUUUAAUUCUGGAAACAGUGUUUUUUUGUUUUAGUUUUUUUUUAUCUUGGUUUUGCUAAAUUGCAUUGCCUUUUACAUUUUAUGCAGUUCUGUGCAUGGAUAACAUUUAGAUUUCAUUUUGCUGUUAGGUCGUUAAUGGGAAAUGCUACAAUAAGUACCAGAUUUAAAAGUAUGUACUGUUACAGUCCACGUGUCGUCUCUCUAGUUUUGGCAAGUGAUAUUUUCAGAAUUGUACCGUUCUGAAUUUAAAUACUUCAUCUUCAAUGCAGUACAUUUAAAUGGAAGCCUGCGUAUUUUUAAAUGCAGUCCUUUCAACUAUGUAUUUGUGAUGUUUUUUUUUUUUUGUGUUCCCUGAAACGAUGCAACGGGCUAAAAUGAAAUAAUCAGAUAUGCGUCACACGCUGUCUCUCCCCCUCCCAACACCCAUUGUUUUGUUUUACCAGAGUGAAAAUGCUGCAUUCUUUCUGAAAUGAAAAUAAAUGUUUUACUGUUACAAUACCACUAAGAAACAAUUUAGAUAAACGUACAAUUCCUUUAUCUUGGAGUGUAUUUUUAGUCCUGUACGGUGAACCCGCCCCUUCCUCUUUUUAGUCUUGGUCUCCAUGGAAAUCAGCACACAAGGAUGCAUAGAUUUGUACUGAGGCGACCCACGCUUCAAGUGUGUUCUAUUAAAAAUAGACAUUGUGUGAAAAGACUGAGGAGAUCCGGAGGCAAGCGGUUUUGUCAAAUGAAAAGAGUGAAGAUUAAAAUGGAGGUGUGACUGUCAGAAGAAAUGUCAGUUGGAAGUGAGUGUAGUUAAUUAGUAAUACAAGUGAUGAUGCUAAUAAUAAUAUAAAAUAAGGAAACAGUAGAGAUCAGCUAAAGCACAAAAAGAAAGCACCCAGAAAAACAGAAAGCAUGAAAAAAAGAAAGGUACUGUUAAAAAGAAAGGUACUGUUAAAAAGAAAGGUACUGUUAAAAAGCCAUAGAAGGGGCAUCGCCAUGCUUGUUUUUCUUUCAGUACUGAACUUGGCUUGUAAAUUGCCAACUCCCUUUGUGUAACCAGACUGCCUGGUUGAAACCUAUUUGGGGUUCAUCAUUUUUUUGACUACCCUCACAGGGGCGUCAUCAUCAUCUUCAUCAUCAUCAACAUCAGCGACAGCGAAUGACAAGAAAGAAAACUAUGGCGUUUUAUAUUUGUUACAUAUUUUAAAAGACAGAUUUAAAUCACUUUUUUGAAGUGUUACGUUUACUUUGUCACAAUAAAAAGUAAGCUCUGAAAUCCAA